AGCUCCACUAAUGGUCCAGCUCCCUAAUUUUUCAGCUUUAUUUUAAAAUUGUAGAAUCUGCUCCUGAACCCUUGAGGCAAAUCAGGUAGUACAGCUCCUACACACAACCUUUAGGCUGCAAACUGGUGUUCAUUGUAAUCAUAUUUCACCUGAAUAAGACAUAUUUGAGGGAUAAGAGAAAUAGGAGUAGAAGGGAGAGGAAUGAGCACAUCUUGUAAUUUGUCAUAGGAAGUCCACGUUGUCUAAGAGUGGGAGAAGAAGGCAGAGUUGGGGCAUCCUUUGUAGUUAAGAGAAGUGGUUUAAAACCAUGAUGUUGAGUUGAGACAGCUGUCAGGAGGAGGGACGUGAUUGAAGCAGCCUUCAGUUGCUGGAAGCAGCAUGGGAUCUCAUUGCUUUGGGCCUUCAGAAAGCCUUCAUUUUGCCUCUCCAGAUUUCAUCUCUGUUGCCACCUCUUACCUGUGGUUUCCCCUUCCUUUUCUCCCAGCUCUGGAUUUGGAUUCUGAUCAAUCCCUUUCUGAGACCGUCCUUUUGCCAGUUUAUUCUUCAGAAGUGAAUCAAAAAACCAAUGAUGAAGAAGAGAAGCAUUUUUUGGUCCAGGACAGUUCCUCUUCCCCUUCUCCCCCUCCCAGGCGACGUGGGCCUUGCAGGAAACCACCAAGAGCCUUUGGAAAGAUAAGGGAGGUGAAUAAGCGCUUGCAAGGUCUCCGAUCUUACCUGAGCCCCCUGUCACCCAAAGGCCAUGUUUCUGAGAACUCCGAAGAUGAAGUGAUCUUGGUGGAGGAGAACAAUGUUAGGGAGAGCCCCCGACUCUUAACUCUUAAAGUGAGGUGCCGGGCUGACCUUGUCAGAUUGCCUCUCAGCACGGCCGAGCCCUUGCAGGUCGUUGUGGAUCACAUGGCAUCUCGCCUAGGAGUGUCCCCUGCCCGAAUUCUUCUGCUGUUCCGAGAAGUAGAGCUUUCCCCAAGUGCCACCCUCAGCUCUCUAAAGAUUGGAGUGGCUGACAUCAUUGAUUGUGUGGUCCUGUCCAGUACUCCUGAGCCUUCAAAAGAGUCAGAAUCGGGUGAGGAACUUCGGCUCAGGGUUCAGGGGCAAGAGAAACACCAGGUUCUGGAGGUCACUGUGCCCCGGGGUGCUCCUCUUAAAACACUGAUGUCUCACUAUGCAGAGGCCAUGGGACUCAAAGGACAUAAGCUCUCUUUCUUUUUUGAUGGUGAGAAGCUUUCUGGCCAAGGGACCCCAGCAGAGUUAGGCAUGGAACAAGAGGACCUCAUUGAGGUUAGGGGUUGAAGUGUGAUGUUCUGCCUUCUGCCUCCUCCCCUGCCUUCAGACCGCGAGAUGUGAAGCUGGGGCUCCUCAAAAAUCUAAGGAGAAUGCCUGCCCUUCUCACCUUCCUUCUCUGUCUUCUUUCCCCUCUUCCGGUUGCCCUAAAGCUAGAUCUGAGAAAGACCUUCCCUUCCCCCCCUUUUCCCUUGUCCAAAUUUACCACUCACCCUUCUUUCAUGGGUGUCCUGGGGGUGAUGCUGCUGCUCUAGCAUUUUCCGUCAGUUUCUAUGAGUGCAUCCUAGUCCUCUUCUGCUAGCUGAAGGAUUUGGGUCCCAUUUACCCUGUAUAUAUGUAAAUGUGUCCUUUGAUCUCUGUCUCCUAACACUAAUUCUUUUGGAUUGGGUGUGAAGAUGUAUUGCAGACCCCUUAUUUCCAAAUAUCUUUCCAUGAGACCAGUCAUUUUUGUAACUGGAGUUAAAAUAAAAUGAAUGAUGUAGUUUGGAUUCUGGGUUUGAA